AUGACAGAGAGAGAUGUGUUACCACGGUUCUACUGCUGUGGACUUGCUGGUGGAAACUUAUGUAGACUUUACGAGCGACGUCUUCCACGGGCUCACUGCUUUGGAUAUAGGCGACCAUGGUGGGGAUGGUUUUGGGGUGAUCCGCAUAUCAAUACUCUGGAUGGUAGGAAAUACACCUUCAACGGCCUUGGUGAAUACAUUACAUUGUCUUACAAUCACGGUGAUCCAUUCGUUUUACAAUCAAGAACUGGCAAGGCUUUUAACAACAGUGAACCUAUUGAACACGGAACGGUCUUCAUAGGGUUCGCUGCUACACAAUAUAUUACAAAGGUUGAAUUCCAGCUGAACGACAAAAGGACAGAAAUGAGUAUUCUUGUUAAUGGUUCCUCCAUUAAUAUGACAAAUUUCCUAAACGAUGGAUAUGACUCAGAGGAUCCGACUUUUAUCUUAUCCUCGGAUAAUGAGACCGAAUCCGAGGAUGAGAUCAAGGUCACAGCUCUCUUUCAACCAGAAGGCUAUUCGAGUACGUCAUUUACAGUGACCUUUAAGAAUGGGAUCUUGGAUAUUGGCGUCAUGGUUCCGCCUGAGUAUUCUGAGAACGCAACAGGGAGGGGUCUGCUUGGUAAUGUCAAUGGAGAUAAAACAGAUGAUUUUCUUUUACGUAAUGGAACGUUACUUACCGAUCAACCCGGGAGAAAUCUAACAGAAGAAGAAAUAUACAAAUUUGGACAAUCAUGGAUGAUAACAGAGGACGAGUCGCUGUUUGAAUACGGUGAUAAGGACUGGAGUUACUUCAACCCGAGUAACUACACACCAAUGUUCUUAGACGCCCUACUCGCCCUUGACCCAGACAGGACCAGUGAGGCCCGGGAGACUUGCGGGGAUGACGAAGCGUGCCUUUUCGACUUCCUCGCCGUCAACCCCGAUUUUGGAAAACAGACGAUGGACACCGGGAACCAACUCGACAACGAACUCCUAAACCUUGAUAAUUUCCCUCCGAACAUAACAAGCGUCACAGAACUUACGGGAACAGAUGCACUACAGGAGGAUGACGUUAUCUUCGUGCAAGUGGGCGUGAACGUUACCUUAGAGAUUACUGCACAUGACCCUAACGAUGAUGAUGACGUAUACUUUACUUUCAACGAUACAACUCCAGAUGGCGCCAAUAUCAGCUCAGAUGGCAUAUUCACUUGGAUACCAACUGACCUGAACGUCUCCUCCAUCGAGAUCAUCGCCAUGGACAACCGAGGCGCGGAGACCUCUUUGUCGUACAAGGUCCUCAUCUGUCAAUGCGAGAACGAUGGCGAGUGCGACUUCGAGAGCCAGGCCGAGGGACAGGACCUCAAUGCUAAUGGCUUUGCUGUGGUCACGUGUAACUGCACUAAUCAGUGGUCAGGUGACCACUGUGACGUAGACUACGAUGCAUGUGAGGGUAGCGGGCCUUGUUAUGAGGGGGUUAUAUGCUAUGAUGAGCCUCCAUCUUCGGAUGAAGAAUACAGAUGCGGGCCCUGCCCUCCUCAACUGACAGGCAACGGAAGUAUCUGCUUCGACUUCAACGAAUGUGCUAAAAAUGACACCAACGACUGCGACCAGAUUUGUGAAAAUAAUUUGGGUUCCUACACGUGCUCUUGUGAACCGGGCUACAGGCAUGGCCUUGAUCAACGUUCAUGUAUAAAGAUAUUCUGUACUGAGGAAUUGAUAAAUUCCACGGGAUCUGAAAGCUGUACUUGCGAGCCAGGCUUUAAACUAAAAGAUGGAUCAUGUGCAGAUUUUGAUGAAUGCAAUGCUGGUGUAGACGAGUGUCCACCUGACAUAUCCACGUGUAACAACCUACCAGGAGAUUAUAAUUGUACUUGUCAUUCUGGAUAUGAAAACAUGUCUCCAAAAGAAUGUGAAGAUAUUAACGAAUGUGAACUUAACAUGGAUACUUGCAACAGGGCUGAAUUCGAUUGUGUUAACAUACCGGGUAACUCAUUAUGCGUCUGCAAGGAAAAUACAACAGAAGUCGAUGGAGUUUGUUUUGGUGCAUUGACGCUCUCCCUCAACGUUCGUUUCUCAUUUAUCAACGGGCUAAGCGUUGUUUCCUACCCAGAGACAAUUGACUCCCAAGAAAAUCAGCAGAAAUUGGCACAAGAUGUAUUGCGUUACCUCAACACGUCAUCAGAAUUAAGUGAAGACGAGUUGCAGGCUGUAUCUCUGCGGAACUACAACUUGGCAGGAAUCUCUCUUCUGAUUUCCUUCCGGGUUGACAUAAAACCCGACUCGUCACUGACCGAUUCUAAUCUGCAAAAUAUUUUCAUGGAACUUCUUCCAAGCUCACGGCUCAUUGAACCAAACCAUUUAGUUCCGCCCGAGGAUAUCAACGAAUGUGAGCUGUCUACGGAUGUAUGUAUUAACGGUAACUGUACAAAUACAGACGGUAGCUAUUUUUGUACCUGUUCUGCGGGUUUCCAACUCGGAAACGCGAAUGCUUCUUGCAUAGAUAUCAAUGAGUGUCUCAGAGAUCAUGAAUGCAACCAAACGUGUAUCAACUCACCUGGAAAUUACUCGUGUUCUUGUAAUCCUGGCUUUGAGCUCGAUGAUGAUGGGUUUACAUGCAGUGAUAUCAAUGAAUGUAAUGCAGCAGACGUGUGUAGUAAGGGGAACUGUACAAAUACAUACGGAAGCUACUAUUGCACUUGUGAUGACGGUUUCACUGGAACAGGAAAUGAUUCUUGUAAAGAAAUUGAUGAGUGUGAAUCGAAUCCUUGUCAAAAUGGAGCGACUUGCAUAGACGGGAUCAACAUGUAUAACUGUACCUGCGCACCUGGUUAUACUGGAACCAAUUGCACAAUAGAAAUAAUCUCCACAACCAGCACCACCGCCACCAGGGAGGGCCCUUCAGCUACAACUACAACACAACCUAGCACAACUCCUCCAGAAGAUAGUAGGUCUACAACUACUUCUGUUUCUGAUUCUAUCACUAAUCCAACAACGUUCUCUUCACCAAAAAUAAUCUCCACAACCAGAACAACCACCACAGAGGGCCCGUCAGCUACAACUACAACACAACCUAGCACAACUCCUCCAGAAGAUAGUAGGUCUACAACUACUUCUGUUUCUGAUUCUAUCACUAAUCCAACAACGUUCUCUUCACCAGAAAUAGCCACCACCACAACCACCACAGAGGGCCUGUCAGCUACAACUACCACACAACCUAGAUCAACUACUCCAGUAGAUACUGGGUCUACAACUACUUCUGUUUCUGAUUCGUCGCCUGAAACGUUCGUGAGCAUCAUAAGGAUUGAGAUCACAGCCAACAGACGAAAUGGUGAAGUGCUUGUAUUCACAGAAGAACUUAAUGAUCAAUCUACGGACGCUUUUAUGGAUUUGGAAGAUGUCUUUUGCGGUGCGGUCUCAACGCAUUUGAAUGAAACCUUGAAUUCAACUUUGCUCAUCAAUAUCACAUGUGAGGUAAUCUCUUUUCGAAAUGGCAGUGUGAUCGGUGAUCUUCGGAUCAGUCUCAUAGCUUCGUCGCAGGUGUCCGCUGAUAAUCUUCGUGAAUCAGCCGCUGACAUCUCACUGGCGAAUGAGACAUUACCCUAUCCCGGCGGUUCUCUUUACGUCGAAGAGUUAGCCGUAGACAAUUCGGAUAAUUGUGAGAAUAACCCCUGUCGAAAUGGAGGGAAAUGCACGGAUGAAUUCAGCACGUAUAGUUGCGCAUGCCCAGAGGAUUACACAGGAAAAAACUGUUCAACAUUCUCUGGUAGGACUGGCUUAUCACCUGGUGCUAUUGUUGGAAUUAUACUUGGUGCCAUGUCGGGAGCUCUGAUAUUCGUCAUCUUCGCAUGUUUAAUAAUGGUCCAGACAGUCCGUCGUAAUCAGGCAAAUAGGAUGGUGAUAGGGAUGCAGAAGCCUAUGAACUACCGCAUCUCAGAGCACCGGCGUAUAUUCGGUGACCGAUGGUCGGAUCGUUCAUCAGACGAUUACUCGAUUGAAAAUUCUCUUGAUCGUCGACAGUAUGAUAUCGGUAGGGCUGUUGAUCGGAUAAGACAAUAUCAAGGCAUGGAUAACCCCAGAAGUGAAAUAAGUUAUUAUCGGAGACCCGGUACUUUAAAUAACUUUGCUCUACCAUAUGUAGCUGAUGGCGAAGGAAGCAGUGCCAGCGGUGAGAGCGCCGUUGAACGGAACCCGUUAAGCUACAGCUACUAUUAAAGCGCCCAAGCACUAGUUAUCAUUUUGACUCUGUUUGAUUUGCACUCAACUCAGAUAAAAAAUCAAGUUAGGAAUGGAUAAUUCGUUUGUUCCAUUCCAAUCAUCAAAAAGCGAAAACGGAGGUCGGCCCCGUGGUUUGGUUUUUUAAAACACAAAAACGAAAUCACACAGAGCUGAAUCCGUGUUGUGAUUUCAAAAUUUCAAAAAGAAUUUUGGACAUUUUUCAAAUUUUUCAUUCUAAUUUUUUGUUUAUGCAUCAAAAACUAAAUCAGAACACGGUUUCUGCUCUGUGGUUCUGUUUGCAAAAACAAACAAUGCAAAUCGAAACAAUCUUUCCGCUCUGUGAUUCUGUUUUUCGACAAUCGCACCGCAAACAUCAAAAUUGAUGAGAAAUCAGAAAUAAGUCUAAAAGUAUUUUUGAUUUUUGAUUUCUGUUUUUCAUCUACUAAACGAAAUCACAACACGGUGAUUUCGUUUUUGUGUAAAAAAAAACCGAACCACGGGUCUGAAUUCCGUUUUUUCUUUUCGAUUACUGGAAUUGAAAAACAAAUUAUCCAUUCGUACCUUGAUUAUAAAGUGAAUGGGUACCCGACAGGAUUGUUUCUUUGAAUGUACUGAGGAAUGGAAACAGCCGACCUUAAAGCCGGGGUAAUAAAAACAACAGUGCGCCACGGAAUAGAUUAUCAUCUACAAUGACCCUAUACAGAUGCCUACUCAUUGUCACCCAGAUCGAUAUUAGAUCUGUUCUAAUCAUCAUCGAAUAAAUAUGUUUGUAAGCUAAGCAUUUCUAAGUGAAUUCAAUAAAGUGAUAUAUGACGGCUAUCUUCUUGUCUCGGGUGAAUACUUCAUUUCUAAUAAUAUUUUGUUGUAUAAAAUUAUAUUCAAUUUGAUUUCUACAUCAUAUCAAAUAUGUACAUGUGUUUCAGUAAUAUUUACUGUUCAAUAUGUUUCAGAUCCAGUACUUCAUAUAGCAGCCUAUAAAUGACAUUUAUAAUUUGAAUAUUUUUUUUUUUAUAUAUGAUCACAUAAUAUUCCAAUAAGUCUGUAUGGAUAUGCAGUUCCAACGUUCUUCCUUGUGAGUGCCUUAGUACAGUCCUGUGCACGGGUGAUUAAGGUGGUAGUGAAAAACCCCCAACAAACUAAGUGCCCCCUCUUUGGUUUUUUUUUGCAGCAGAGAAGCAUUAUUGAGGGCACACAAAGUAUUUAUUUCAGGUACAAGGAAAUGUCUUUAACCUAAAGGGCUGCUCCUGGUUGAAAAAAAAAUCAUAUCUAAAUAGAUAGAGUAAACUUCACCGAGCAAAAUGCUGAAAAUUUCAUCAAAAAUUUGAAAACAAAUGACGAAGUUAUUGAAUGUUAAAGUUAAGCAAAAUUGCAUGAAAACGUUUAUAUGCACGUCGUCGUGAUCAUUUAUUGGAUGGGGUGAUGAUGUCACAUUCACAUUCUCCCUUUCUAUGUUAUCACAUGAAAUCAUAAUCAUUUCACAUUUCCAUACAUGCGUGUGUAAUAUGUCUCCCUUAUAACAAAAUAAGUUGAAGCAAUGGAUAUGCAAUAAAUUAAAGUGCAAUAAAUUGGUUGUCAGUCCUAUUGCUUUAGUCCGUGAAGGAAAAAAUUUGAAUUAAAAUAAUUUUAUGUAAUGAAACAAAAGUACAAGUGUGGACAUGGCAUCAAUUUGCGCUCUGAAUACUCAUGAACACUUGCAUAUAACUGACCGAAAUAAUGUAAAUCUUUGAAUUGUCAUAACUUUAAUCCUUUAAAUAAAUUUUCAGUGUUUUUUUGUCUUAUUUUCUUUUUCUUUCAAAAUAAUAUUACUAUCAGCCUGGAUUAUUAUUUUUGUUCGAUUUGUGCAUAAAGGGCAGAUGAAGAAUUAUAUGUGUUUCUUUGUCUCUGUGUGAGAGAAAAAGGUAAGGUUUUUGAUGGGGAUACGCGCUUGAUUAUAAUUCUAUAUUUAUAAUACCUUUUCUUUCAGUAACAUGAAAUGUCUUAAUCUGAAAUAUUUUGUUUAAUUACGUUUAAUUUGAUUUUGCAUUCAUAUGUAUGUGAUUCUUGUUUAUUGUAUUUUUUGAAUGAAAUUAAUAGAAUUGAAUAUAGGUAAUCAUGAAAUAUCACUGUAUAAGUGUAUGUGUGUGUGUGUGUGUGUGCACCCUUUUAAUAACAUACAAACACCACUCAACUCUGUAAAGUAUAUUAUUAAUAUGUCAGUAUGUAGUAAUUUAAAUGGUAGUUUUUUCAUUUCUCCGUUGUAGGUAUUUUCGAAUUGUAAUUUGUUCGUGAAAUAUUGUAUCUUUUUAAAUAAGACUCGUAAUCGUGAGCUGUUGCAUUCGCAUGAAGUAAUUUGUAUGCCUACAUAAUGAUGCCAAUUGAAUAUGUUCGUUUGCAUACUUGUACAGUAAAACGCGCAAAUCAAUAUCCAUUACUCUGAAUGUACAAAAAUGCGUUUAUUAAGGUUUAUACUUCCAGAUUUAUUUUACUCAGAGAGCAAUAUAAUUAAAAUAUAUC